UUCUGGUUCUGUAGAAGGAUUAUCUGAUUCCCCCUCUUUGGUUUGUUGUGUGCCUGGAAGAGAUUAGAUUCGGUUUGUGUAUUGCAAAAUACUCAAAAAAGCCAAGGGGAACCAUGUCUGUCGAACAAAAUCUGCCUGACGAGGAUACAACGGACCUUAAUUCCAGUGAUUCCGGGGGAAGAAAAAGACAAUUGGAUGAUCUGGCUUCUACAUCGAUGUCUCAGACCGAUUUUGCGGACAAAUUCAGAAGACUAAGGGCAUGUGCAAGAUGUCAUCGUCUUAAAAUGAGAUGCGUGUUUGAAGAUCCUAGUUUUGAAAGCUGCACAAGAUGCUUCAAAGCCGGUUUACAAUGUUCUGCCACCGAUGACCCAACCCAAUCACAGGCAAAGCGAAAACCAAGGAAGAGAUCCAAGUUGAAGGGAGACGGACCGUUGGCACAACUCCAACAAGCUAUCAAUGAGUCCAACAAGCUUUUUCAGGCCAUUCAGCGUAAUGAGUAUCAUGAUUCUGAAAACAUCAACUUAGAAAAUUUGUUGACCCUACAAUUUCAGCUCAGCGAGACUCAGCGUUUGAUUCUUCAUGCUGUCAAAACCCAAAAGGGCAGGAAUAAUGAGCCAAAUGAUAGUACUAAAUCGGAUUCUGCGAGAGCAGAAGCAAGUUCUGUCAAUUCUAUGAAGGAAGGAGUGGUUAAGGCUAUCCCAAAUCUACCAUGGAUAUCUCAUGAGCAGAAUGUAAUAAAGGAGUUGAUUAGGCUAAACAUAAUCUCAACGGAAGAAGCAAAAUCACGACUUGCUUAUUUUUUCAAUGACCUUUACGUUUACUGGCCUUGCGUCUCAUUUCCAAAACAUUACACUUAUGACUGGCUACUCGAAAACGAACCUUUGGUAUUGUUGUCACUUAUAACUGUAACUUGUUUGAACGAUCCAGAUUUGCAUGACACCUUGCUAUAUUAUCUAGAGGAAAAUUUAUCAAUAAGAACCUCCAUAACGGGAAAUAUAUCUGUCAGCUUUAUCCAGAUUUAUCUUGUUCUUUCAUUGUGGUGCUCGCCGCCUAGAAAGUGGGGAUCAUACAAGCAUCAAAUGAGUUUAUUGAUGGCUCUCAAUUUAACUCUUUGUCUUGACCUGGGAAAUGAGGUUUAUAAAAAUACGUCAAAAAUUCUAAGCGAUAAUUCCUCAGAAAGACAAAUGAUUAGAUCUUACAUGGCAGUGUAUUCAUGUUGUGGUUCACUUGGUUUGUCUUUGCCAAGGUUUAAAGUUGUCAGCUGGACACCAGUUCAUGAACGUUGCUGUCAGCUGCUUUUAAUGGGUGAAAGCAAUGAUGCUGAUAAAUUUAUCUAUUUUUAUUCCAAAUUGGUAGCACUGGGAGAAGAAAUUUUCCAAUUUUUGUGUCCAAACGGCUUUCCGAAUGUUUCUGUUCGUAAAGGAGGCUCGGUUGGAUUUACUGCUGAAAGUGACACAACCAUAAAUAACGGCAUGUUGAGAAAUAUUAUGGUAAAUUACGAGAAGAGGAUGCAAAAGCUUGCUAUGGAAUCUAAUCUUUUCAAUUCAUCCUCUAAAAUGAGGAACCUCUUGUCUAUUAUCUAUUACCAAUUGUUGAUGACCAUGUAUGAUUAUAUUGUUUGUCGUGUGCUUCUUAGGCGUGAUGUUUUAACUGAGGUAUAUUUGCAAACACUUAAUCGCCUGAUUAAGGCAAGUGAAAAGGUCAUUGAUUCAUUCAUCCUCCUGUGUGAUCAAACCUCCAAUUUUCCGACCUUUUUUUAUUAUAGACCAAUGCAUGCUUUGGUGGCAUUGAUUAGAGCACGUCUUUUGGUGAAAACUCAACAAUUAGAUUUUGAAGUUGACGUUGAGCAAGAAUACGAAAAAGUUUCAGAAAGCAUUAAGAAAAUAUCAAAAGAUUCAAAAGUUGCAAACAAAAUGAGCGCUAUUUUGACAAGAAUCUCGAAAUGGAUGAAGGUCUCUAGUAAGUUCAACAAAAAUGGCGCAACCAAUUCUAUGGUAGAUUUGCUAAAUGAGUUAGGCAAAGAGAAAGCUAUCGAGAAAAUUAAAAUUAACGUUACGACUCAAAAUGAUGGUGGUGAUAACCAGAAUAUGUCUAGUGAUUCUCGUAUACAGUUCAACAAUUUUAUCAAUUACGGUAUUGAUAAUAUGAAGAAUCAAGAGACAGAUUCGACUAUAAAUGCAAUACCAAUGAGAAAAGCCAAAGUGGAAUCUCCCGAGGAAAGAUCGAACUCCGUAUUUGUGCCUUCACCAAUAGGAUAUUCACAUUCUGAUAUAAUGGAUGGGCUGCAGCAAGGCCAACCCCAAUUGCAAAUACCUCAAUCUCAAUCUCACUUGACCCCUAUUUCACAAACGGUUAAAGAUUCCCCUCAAGAUCAAAAUAUGCAAAAGCUACCAAAUCAAUUGCACAAAGAUUUGACAGCACUUUAUGGCAAUUCACACUCUAGUCCAGCUGCAAAUGUGACUUCAGAUGCUGAAAAUAUGACAGCUGCUGCUCAACAGUUAAGUCAAAUGCUACGUAGCAAAACCCCUAGUCUGAGCGAAGCUAGCACAGGCACCUUUCUGCUUCCUCGUGCUUUAUCCAUACCUCCAAAUGAAGCUGACGACAUUCAAACUGUGAAGUACAAUGUUGAUGAAUCAAGCUCUCAGGAAGGAACUGGCCCCCAUGGAAAGCAGCUACAACAGCAAGAACAAGAGUUUUUGAACGAUAUUUUCUCCCAGAUUGACACAGACAUUAUGAACUCCGAGGGUUCCAGCUCGGCAAAUGGGCUGGGUGUAGCACCAAUGUUUGAUUUUUUGGGCACAUGUGGGUUUCAAACAAAUUUUCCAGGUGGUGAUUUACCUAUCCCAGAGGAUUGGUACAAAAGCUUGUAAACCAGUAUUAACACAUUCCAUUCAUUUUCUUACGCUUUAUGUUUUUUCGCUUUCACAAUUCUUUUACACUUUUUUUACUUACUUUGGGUUUUAGGUAUUCCGUGAUGCUCACCGAAGCAAUCUUUCACUUUUGUUUAAAUUUUUAAUUAUAUAGCUUUAAAAUAUAACUGAGGAUUUAACCAAGUGAACUCGGCCGAAUUUUUUCUCAUCUAACGAAGAAUAUCUUUCAUCCACCGUUCACUAUUUUUUACUACUCUGAACGUGCUGUCUGCAAAGUCUUCAAUCAACUGCAAGGUAUCUUUCUCAUCUUUGAAUACAGCAAAUCUAUCUUGAGUUGAAGUGACAUAAAAGCUCCUAGACCUCUUAUAUUCAGGAAUGUCCCUGUAGGUAUCGGGGUGGAGUGACACUAUCUCACUGAUCACAUCCUUUAUCAAGCUUCUGCUAUUCUCCUCUUUUCUUAGAAUAGGAUCCACUAGUCUCCGAGGGUUGAUUCUCCGAUC